AUGGCGUUGAACAGAGCAGUCGCAGAUGCAGACACAAGCACAAACCCGGAAGAACGCAAUACACUCGCUCCAGGAACGGAAUUCUGGCCACUUGGUUACCGCUCGUCAAACCCAAACCCAAUUCAAGCGUCCAAGCCAUUUGUGCCAUACGUCUAUGUGCCAUGGACGCCACCUGCUGUGGUCCCCAGGGAAACCCACGAGAUGCAGUUGCCCCAGAAAGAUUGGCACCAGUUCCUCCAGAUCAUAUACGCCAUCAACACAGUCCCCGAUAGCAUCAUGGAGUUGAUUCAAAGGGUCUUGCCAGCUACUUCAGCAAUCAUCAAAGACUCGGUCAUCACCUUGGAUGUGACGCCCGACGACGAAAAGACACUGAGGGAGACUAUGGCGCACUAUCAAUCUCUCCUGGGCAUCCCACUCGACGUGCCCAACCGAGAAGUCGAAAGGAUCGUCGAGGAAUGCAUGGUUUCUACAUCGAGCCAGCUUGCGUCGUUGUCCAAAGAGGAUCUCCGGUUGUUGGUGCACAAAAUGCUCGCUAUAGUACCCGCUCCAGAGGAAGACGACUCGACAUACCUAUCUUGA